AUGUCGGAUGCACAAGGUGGCAGCAGCGGUGACGGCGGAAAUGUUCCAAGGCUAUUUGGUGGAGUUGGAGUUGAUGUGAAUCAGCUGUUUGAGGAUGCUACAUCGGGAGAUCCACAGGAAAGCAGCCGGGCGGGUGUGCAGUUGGGUCCUGGUGGGCAGCAAGCAGGUUCAAGUGCUCAGUCGGUAUCUGGUGGGCAGCAGGCUGGCGCAGGUAUCGAUGUGGCACAACUGGUUGAGAGUUUCCAACAGCAGUCUCAACGCAUGGCCCAGGUCUUGGAGCAGCUAUCAGCAAGGAUGACGCAGAACGAGACGGAGAUGCAGAACCGGUUAGAUGCGAUUACAGCGCAACUUGCACAACGGCAGGCAAAUCAGCAGAACGUUCAACCUCCAGCGCCGCCGAUGGCGCAGGCUACGGUGAACGCGCAGGGUCAGGGUGCGAACCUCCUGGCGGUGGUGGAGCUCAAGGAUCAGCAGGAAAUUUUCCAGCGGAAGGCAAGAUGCCUUUUGGAGUGGACCUUCCAGUUGCAGAUCAUCAGAAGUGGAAAGGCCAUCGGGUAUCGCAAUAGCAUCAUGGGUUUUCAGACCAAGGAGAGUAGAUUGGUUGACAUUGUUCGUGCAGUUGAGUCGGAGCUUCAUCGCUUUGACACCAUGAUCCGCGGGUGCCCUCUGGACGUGGGAGACCUUCAGAUUCAGGCAGUCACGAACUAUGACCUCAACACGAGGGUCAUGGGGGACGUGGAUGUGCGUUUGCAUGGUUUUGUCGACUCUGAAGCUGAGCCCAAUGAAGAGGACAACCUCGAUGAUCCUGGUUCCCUGAUGACGCUCAGUCACCAGUUCGUGACGUCUUCUUCGGUGAAUUCGGUGAGUUCAGGUCGGACCUUUAAGAAGCCAGACAAGGAGGGCAGUGAUCCCGAGUCUGGGUUGGUUGCGACGGUUGAUCAGAAGUUGGUUCACAAGCGGGGCGCCUACGAGGUCGCUUCGGAUUACGGGUUCCUGGGCACGGCCCGGUUCUUCGUGAUGAUUGUGCUGUGCACGGGCAUGAUUGGGACUUUUGUCAUGGACACGGACAUGGACAAGAAUGUUCGGUCGUUGAACAACGUCUUUCGGGAGGUUGGUUUGGUUGGGAAGAGCUUGGAGGUGACUCUGGAUGGAGAAGAUCUGGUACUGAUUGAUGUGGGAGACAUGCCGGGAGAUUCCAUUCCACGGCCAGUUCUUCAGGGUCCAUCGGAGAUCUAUGAUCCGGAGGAGGGUGAGUUCUCCGGUGAGCCUCAACCGGCAUCUGUUCCUAUGGAUGUGGACAAUUUGAUCACAGAUGAGAUUUCAGCAGCAAGGGAUCGGUUUCUUGCGAUGGAGCAGUCGACAAGAGGUGGCGAGUGGAGACCUAUGGUUUUCAACGAGCAGACAAUUUUCCAGCAGAUUGCGCCUCAGACUCGGUGUGAGUCAAGUGGGGUCAUCCUGGAUCCAAACAAGGUGGCUGAGUCGUAUCAGACGGAGUACACUGAGCUAUCCAAACUUGGAGUGGGAGAGCAAAUUUCAGAGAAGCAGGCGCACGAGAUUUCAGACAAAGCUGGGACGAAGAUAUUAUCUUCGAGAUGGGUCGUGGUUCUCAAGACCACAGGCCGGGUGAGGGCCCGUGUGGUGUGUCGGGACUACAAGUCUGCAGGUCUGACAGCGUUUCGGGAAGACAUCAGCUCGCCGACGGCAAGCCUUGAGAGUCUCCGGUUGAUGCUGGGUUCGGCGUACUACAGCAGAGGGUUGUUGGUUACACUGGACAUUUCGACCGCGUUCCUGUAUGCAGAGUUGGAUGGGCCGGCUCAGGUGGUUUUGCUGCCAGCGUCGGUGGUGGACAAGGUCGUGGACAUGGUGGUGAAGCGGCUGGCAGAGUAUUACAAAAUCAGGGAGACUGGUUUUCUGGUGAAGUCCGUGGAGGUCAGUCCAGAUCUCAGCAAGUUUGUGGUCAAAGAUGAAGCGAGCUCGGCGGUGCUAGGCAAGACAGAGUCGGUGAUCCCAUCUCCUGAUGGCUGGAUGGGCGAAGAGGACACGCUGCAG